AUGGCGUCCCAAGUCCAAGGAACCGCAUUCAUCACUGGCGCCGCAUCAGGCAUCGGCAAAGCCACCGCGCACGUCCUCGCAAGCAACGGGAUUAGCGCGCUCGCACUGCUAGACGUCAACCUCGCACUCCUCGAGGAGACGAAAAGUGAACUACUCUCUGAGCAUGCGCAGCUCCGCGUUGCGCUCUUGCAAGUGGACGUCACAGACGAAGCCUCCGUCGAGGAUGCUGUCCGCAAGACGGCGGAGGAAUUCGGACAGAUUGAUAUCGGGGUGAAUGCAGCGGGGAUCAGUGGCAAGCCGGGUCCGUCGCAUGAGACGGAGCUGUCGGAGUGGCAGAGGGUGAUUGAUAUCAAUCAGACGGGGGUGUGGAUGUGUCAGCGGGCGUUGAUCCGGCAGAUGUUGAAGCAGGAUUCUCGAGGAGCGCGCGAAGGACGCGGCACGAUUGUCAAUGUCGCGUCGAUGUAUGGGGUUAGGGCGCCUCCGGGGGGAAUUGCGAUUGCGCCUUAUGUGGCUGCGAAGCAUGGUGCGUUCCGUUAG